CUCAGUCUCCUACAAUCUUUACCCUUUAUAGUGGUAUCAGAGCCUUCCUUGCUCUCACGGGCCCUUGAUCAUGGACACCCAUGAUGAGUCGCCCAACUCCGCUGCAUCCAAAACCUCUCCAAACUCUGCUGCAACAGUCCUUAAUCCUAGCCUCACCAAAAAUCCACUGUCCUUCAACUCUGCCGCGUUCCCUGUGAAGCUAACAGCCACCAACUAUAUGUCAUGGAGGGCUCAGUUUACUUCCUUGCUUACAGGUUAUGAACUCGAUGGUUAUCUCGAUGGCAGAAUCCCUUGUCCGGUUGUAACUGAACCAGGGUAUAGCUUAUGGGCCCGUCAAGAUCAACUCUUGCGGCAUGCUCUUAUCACUUCCUUCUCGGAAAGCAUCACCCCCUAUAUUGCUACUGCUACCACAGCGCAACAAGCAUGGGAAACAUUAGCAAGGCUCUAUGCUAAUCAUUCACGCACUCGGGUGAUCACCUUGAAGGAACGCCUCCAAAACAUGAGACGUGAUAGCCGCUCUAUUGUUGCUUAUUUACGAGAUCUCAAAACUGUUGUUGAUGAAUUGGGAUCUAUUGAUCAUCCACUCAACGACAAUGAUCUUACAAUUUAUGUUUUUAAUGGACUUAGCCCUGAAUUGGUAGCUCAUGAGGAAAGUCUUAAACGAGAAGAUGCAUGUCCUGAGAUCACACUGGUGACUGCUCACUAUGUCACUGCUUCUUUUAAUUCCAAUAUUGAUACACCUUCUUCACUGAGUGCAGGCAACUCUAAUUCCCCUCUCAGCUGCCACCCUCAACAGGUCUUCUGUGGCAAUCGGAAUGGGCUGAACUCUUCAAAUCGAGGCAAUCAAAAUCGACGUCGGAAUUUUAGUACCAAGCCCACCACUCGUCUUGCUAAUUCGGGUUGCCAACUAUGUAGUCGUACCGGCCACUUUGCUAAGAAUUGCCCUAACUACUAUGUGCAGGCUCUUCGGCCGAUGGCAAAUUUUGCCUCCUCCUCUGUUGCUUUUUCUGAUGAUUGCCUUUUGGAUUCUAGUGCUAACAACCAUGUGACCACUAAUUUGGCUAACUUGGCACUUCAUUCUGAAUACAAUGGUCUUGAUGAACUUCAUAUUGGUGAUGGAACAGUUAGACGUCAGUGGGUUAUUCAUCAGCUGGAUGUUAAUAAUGCCUUCUUACAUGGUCAUAUUGAGGAAGAGUUAUUUAUGCAGCAACCAGUAGGGUUUGUUGACCCUCGUUUCCCUAAUCAUGUCAUAGGCGCUCGUUUCUCCUUGAAAGAUUUGGGGUCUCUUAGUUUCUUCCUUGGAGUUGAGGCAAUUCCCACAACUGAUGGUCUAUUCUUAUCUCAGCAUCGGUAUAUUGCUGAUCUUUUCCACCAGUAUAAUAUGCAUGAGGCAAAACCUGUGACUAGCCCGCUUGCUUCUUCUUCUCCAUUGCAUCUCACUUCUGGUGCGCCUCUAUCUAAUGGCUCUACUUAUAGGCGACUUCUUGGCUCUCUCCAGUAUCUUGUCCUCACUGGUCCGGACCACUACUUUGCUCGUGCUCUAUCUUUGCAUGCCUACUCUGAUGCCGACUGGGCAAGCGAUCCGUUUACUUGUGUUAGUACUACUGGUUAUCUGGAACUGGGCAUUUCUAGUCUUGGCUCUCCUGCUCUAUUUUGUGACAAUGUUGGGGCCACUUAUCUGAGUCUCAAUCCUGUUCUCCACUCUCGUAUGAAACAAAUAGCCAUUGAUUUACACUUUGUUCGGGAUCUGGUCGAUCAGAAAAUUCUCCAUGUGUCUCACAUUUCUUCUCAUGACCAGCUCGCUGAUGGCCUCACUGAGGCUCUAUCUGUUGCUCGCUUCUCCAGUCUUCGUUCCAAGAUUGGUGUUGCUGAUGGCACCUCCAUCUUGCGGGGGCGUGUUAAGGGAAGCGUAUCUCCUACACACCACAAAACCUCUAGUGAAAAGGCAAAGAUGGUACCGGUAUGCGACGAUUUUCCGGUGGGAAUUCCUCCACCGGAAACCAACACGACUUUGACACUCUGUGUUGAUCCAAAUGGGUGCUGUAAUUUCACCACAGUGCAGGCAGCUAUUGAUGCAGUUCCAAAUUUCAGCCACAAAAGAACCGUUCUAUGGAUCAAUUCUGGCGUUUACUAUGAGAAAGUAACCGUUCCAAGAAAUAAACCUAAUGUUACAUUUCAAGGACAAGGAUAUACAUCCACUGCAAUUGCAUGGAAUGAUACUGCUGCUUCUGCAAACGGAACAUUCUAUAGCGGCUCUGUUCAAGUCUUUGCCUCCAACUUUAUCGCUAAGAACAUAAGCUUUAUGAAUGAGGCUCGGAUUGCGAACCCUGGUGAUGUGGGAGCACAAGCGGUGGCGAUUAGAAUAGCAGGAGACCAGGCGGCCUUUUGGGGCUGUGGAUUUUUCGGGGCACAAGACACUCUCCACGACGACAGGGGUCGCCAUUACUUCAAAGAUUGUUAUGUACAAGGUUCCAUUGAUUUCAUUUUUGGGGAUGCAAGAUCGCUAUAUGAGAAUUGCCAAUUGCUUUCCAUGGCAAGUCCUGUUGCUCCAGGAUCCAAAGCCAUAAACGGAGCUAUUACUGCACAUGGGAGAGCAUCUAAGGAUGAGAAUACUGGAUUUUCAUUUGUGAACUGCACUAUAGGAGGCAAUGGAAGAAUCUGGCUAGGUCGAGCAUGGAAGCCAUUCUCUAGGGUUGUUUUCGCCAUCUGCAACAUGACAAAUAUUAUAGCUCCCGAGGGUUGGAAUGACUUUAACGACUCUACUCGUGAUCAGACCAUAUUCUAUGGAGAAUACAAUUGUUCAGGUCCAGGAGCGAAUUUAACUAUGAGGGCAACUUAUGUUCAAAGACUUAAUGACACGCAAGCUUCUCCUUAUCUAAAUAUAUCUUUUAUUGAUGGUGAUCAAUGGUUGCAACCUUAUAGUUAGAAAACCAUGAUAUUAUUUGUACAAAAUUAAUAAAGCAAAAUCAUUGUAAUAUAAUUAAAAAAUAAAGAAAAUGUGCUGUGUAGUCAGAUGCAACAUUGUAUAGGGUAAGCUUCUAAUAUUAGAGGUUGUCUCCAUCUAAUAUCUUUAUUUUGUAAUUUAAUAUAAUUUAAGUUACAAA